UGUGAAAGUGGUCUACGUCCAGCAGGAUUCAUCGUGGUUGUGGGCAGCGGAGCCAGUCCGACCCAGUCGCCGUCUGAGGUACCCGGAUGAUCUUUGCUUUGCUUCUGGGCAGCAGUACUGCAGAUAGUCACACAGGGCCCCGGGCAGGUCAGUGUGCCUUGUUUCGGCCACAGACAUGAACAAGCAGGACAUGGCUGAUGAAGCUCUGUUCAUGCUCCUGCACAAUGAGAUCGUCUCCUGUGUGUACAAGUCACCGGAGCAAGGGGAUGUGGAAAAUGGAAGGUGUAUUACUAAGUUGGAGAACAUGGGUUUUCGAGUAGGACAAGGAUUAAUAGAACGAUUUACCAAGGACACAGCCAGGUUCAAAGAUGAAUUGGAUAUUAUGAAGUUUGUCUGCAAAGAUUUUUGGACCACAGUGUUCAAGAAACAGAUUGAUAACCUUCGGACCAAUCACCAGGGAAUAUACGUUCUCCAGGACAACAAGUUCCGCCUCAUCACUCCAAUGUCUGCAGGAAAACAAUAUUUGGAGCAUGCUCCCAAGUAUUUGGCAUUUACAUGUGGGCUUAUCCGAGGUGGUUUAUCAAAUCUGGGGAUAAGAAGUAUUGUUACAGCAGAAGUGUCCGUCAUGCCGGCAUGUAAAUUCCAAGUCAUGAUUCAGAAGUUGUAGCACACGAGGAAGAAUUUCAUAAACAUGACAGACUACAUAACAUCACGUAAUAGUAUACAGGUUGAGUAUCCCUUAUCCAAAAUGCUUGGGACCAGAGGUAUUUUGGAUAUCGGAUAUUUCCGUAUUUUGGAAUAAUUACAUACCAUAAUGAGAUAUCAUGGUGAUGGGUCCUAAGUCUAAGCACAGAAUGCAUUUAUGUUUCAUAUACACCUUAUACACACAGCCUGAAGGUAAUUUUAGCCAGUAUUUUUUAUAACUUUGUGCAUUAAACAAAGUGUGUCUACAUUCACACAAUUCAUUAAUGUUUCAUAUACACCUUAUACACACAGCCUGAAGUUCAUUUAAUACAAUAUUUUUAAUAACUUUGUGUAUUAAACAAAGUUUGUGUAUAUUGAGCCAUCAAAAAACAAAGGUUUCAUUAUCUCACUCUCACUCAAAAAAGUCCAUAUUUCAGAAUAUUCCGUAUUUCGGAAUAUUUGGAUAUGGGAUACUCAACCUGUAUAACGUAUAAUUCCUUGGCUCCCUAAUAUGCUGCUUACCUGCAAUGUCAGUGACUCGCCCUGAGCGGCACAACCUUGCCUCAUCCUUGCACAAGCCUUAUACACUCUCAGAUCAGGUGUCAUAGAAUAUGUUCUUCAUAUGCUUACUCAUCUAAUGACCUACAAGAGUGCAUUUAAACGUGUACCCAAGCACAUUACCAUGCUGAAAGCAUCAGGAAACUUCCGUUACGCCACUUAGUAACGUGUACUAAGGAAAAGGAAAGUGAGUGAGGAACCUUGCAGUCUAGGGAAAGUAAUCAUCUGACAAAUGCCUUAUUGUUGGAGCUCAACCAGAAUAUCUGCAGAUGCUUCAGUGUGAAACAAGGGGGUGCUACCUUUUUAGUAACUACUGGGUAUUUAGUUUAAAUAAUCAGACGUCUUCAUCUACAAAAUCAACUGAUAAGCUACUGAGUUUGGCCAGUGUCAUCGCUCUGCCUUGUUGAGCAACCUUCAUCAGGCACAAACGUCAAGCAAAGGAUCUAUGGGAAGGUCCAUAAGAUAAAAAUAUGGAUGUGUACCACAACACAUCAGACUGGGUGGCUUUUUAAUAGAUUGAAAUGCUUGUAAUUAUAUCUGCACAUGUAUUUGCGUAUAUGUCAUUAUACUGACAUGCCAGAGAACAAAAUACAUUAAAGUAAUAUUUUAAUUUUGAGCAUCUUUGCCAUGACAUUUGAUAGGAAUGUUAUCUUUAUGAUUGUUGUUGUGUAAUGGUGCUAUUUAUGAUCUUUUAUCUAGAAUCUCUGUAUCCCACAAACUAUAAAAAAGGGGAAAACGCUAUAUAAUUGAUGCUGCUUUCAUGUCCUAUGCACCAAUGUGAUCACUGAGUAAUUCUGCCAGUCAUUGGGCCUAAUUUAUAUUUGUACGCAAUGGCGAUUAUCACGCAAUGGAGCAAUUGCAAUGGUGUACAAAAAUAAACUUUUUUUUUUUCUUUCACAAAAAUGAAAUAAACUGAAUCUAAAUAUAUUUUUCGUGCUGAAUUUGAAUAUGCAUUCAGAUUUUUUCCAUUGGGCAGGUUUUUUUUGUGACAUACGUUUAAAGUUUUAUUAACUUAGUAGAUAUGCAAGUCUAAUUGAUUAAUAUACUCCCAGGGGCAUUUUUAGAGAGGAGGAGGCCCGUGUGUAGGCUCUGUCUGGGCCACCUCCUCUGUAGCCGGCAGCGCUGUCGCUCUGGGCACUAGGGGACCUUAGCGCUUUCCCAGAGUCUAGAUUUCCGGGAUGGCGUGGCAGCCAUUUUCCCAGUGAUUUUUUUACUGCUCAUGCGCAAAACACCGGGAAAAUGGCUCUGCCCCAUUUUCCCAGUGAUUUCUGUAGUGCUGCUGCUGUGCCGUGAAGAGUAAGUAUUAAAAAUAAUGGGUGUGUGGUGUGGGCCCCCAUGGACUGUGGGGGCCCGUGUUCACUGCACACACUGCACCCAAUAUAAAUGCGCCACUGUAUACACCUCAUUCUGGGUGACCUAAAAAGUUGUAGAUGAUGAUUUUCUGGCAUAUUUUGCCUUUGGGGAUGUCUCUCUGCGUGGUCCAGCAUUAGUUAUCUAGCAUACUGGAACUCCAUUUUUCCUUGGUACCUCUCUUCCAUUGUAGAAAUCUGCUGAUGGAAGCACUGGUCACGCUCAUCACUGAUAGCCCCAGGAUUUGCUGUGAUAUAGUGUAUUUAUAGUUCUCCCUGAUCACAUGUGUCUUAGUGCAUUCACGGGUCCAAUUUCGGCCGAUCAAAAUGGCUUCUAAUUGGAUACCGCGAUAAUGACCAUAGGUCAUACAUCACGAUAUCCGGCCGUUUUGGUCGGCCAAGGUGAUAUCGGAGCUAAUAGGAUACCAUACAAUGCCUGAUGGAAAAAUUCUAAUCACAUAUUUAAAUUCAGAAUUUAAAACUGGAGUCAAUAUUCAGUUUUCUUGUGGGGAAAAAAAAAAAGUAAUGUUGACCAGUGUUAUCGGUAGACUGUACAUGUGCUGCGUUCGCAGUGCGCAUGCACCAAGGUGCCUCUGCGAUCUUGCUUACACUAAGGAUUCGAGGCGUUAACUUGGAGUUUACGGGGAGUGGUUGUAAAAAUACAGGCGUGUCAUGGCCAUAUUUGGGGCGUGUAUCUGGCAUCAGCUGUGAGCUUGUAUGGACAAAAACAUGGCACCUGUGCCACUACGGCUGUGUCCAGUGUCCGUAACCAUAGGGCAACCCAUUGAUGUUCCUCGGUCUCUACCCUCUCUCUCCCUGACACCCUCUCUUGCACCCGCCUCGCUCUCCCUUUUGAUACUCCUCUUGCUCCCUCUCUCUCCCCUCUCCUUGACACUCUCUUGCUCCCCCCUCUCUCUCCCUGACACCCUCUGUCUCUCUCCCACUCACUUCCUCUCUCUCCCUGACACCCUCUCAGGUUCUCCCAUUUCUCAUUCCCCACCCACCCCCGGUCUCUCCCUGACACUUUUUUUCGCUCAUCUUUCUCUUUUCUCUCCCCUGACCACCCGUCUCUGCCUGACACUUUUAUCUUUCUGUAUUUCUCGCUCCUACUCCUCUCCCUGACACCUCUUUCUCUAUAAUGCUUUCUCCCUGAUACUGUAUCUCACUCUCUCUCUCUCUCUCUCUCUCUUUCAUUCUCCCGUCUUUCCUCCCCCGUCUUUCUCCCUGUGUCACCCUCUUUGGCUCUCUCUUACUCCCCUCACUCUCUCACACAUUUGUUGCCCUGGGGCCACCAUUAGCCAGUUUGAACAGUACUCUCCUCUCUCUCUCUCUCUCUCUCUCUCUCUCUCUCUCUCUCUCUCUCUCUCUCUC